AUGACCGCCUUCCUCCGCCCCGCCACCCUUCUCCCCACGCUCAACCUCUUCGCCCUCGCCUCCAGCACCUUCUACCUCCGCACCCGCAUAGACCGCAACCUCGAAGAGCAAGAAGCCCGCCUCGACGAGCUAGAAGGCACGCUGCGGGGGCACAUCGGGCUGAUUGAGGAUGCGUUGGAUAGGAUUGAGGGGAAGAAAGAUAGGGGACGGCAGGAGGCGAUGUAUGGUGGGAGGGGGAGGAAUGGGAAGGAGAAGGAGAAGGAGAAGGAUUAG